UGCCGCUGCCCGACAGGCGAGGGUUCCCUGGCGUCUGUGCAGCCCACAGGCUGGUCAACUGAGUUCGUGGUCGUGCUCGUGGUGAGCUCCUUCGCAUACGGCGUCGUCGUAGGCGAGGAAGUUCCGCCGCUAGGAGCAAAGGCUGCACGCACCUCUGGCCAGUUCCACUACGUGCGGUACAACGUCGGGGGGGCCGCCAUCGACCACGAGAGGCUCACUUUGCUGCCGGGGUACAUCCUCACCCCCGACGAUGACGACUACGCGGAGAGCGACCUGGCUGGUGGCGACUUGAGAUCAGCGCAUGACUCGGCGGGCCAGGGCGACGCGAUCGUCGGAGUCGCCGCCCAUAGCCUCUACAAGUUCAGACGGCUGCCGUCCGCAGCCGCCGUCUGGGCUGCCGUGCGCCGCGGCGUCGCUCAAGGCCACGGACCUCUGCCGCCGUCGCCCUUCAACCUCGAGCUCAGCGCCGACAACGUGCUGGGCGUGGCGGCGGGGGCGCUGGCCUUGCCCGACCCGCUCGGAGCGGCGCCCGCUGCUGCAGCGCCUGGCGCGCUGGCCUUGGCGGGCGCGGCCGCGCCCCCCGCGGGCGCCCCUGGGCCGCCCGCCGCGGUGGCCGCGGCGCCCGAGGGCGGAGUGGGCGCGCUGGCGGCGGCGCUCGGUGCGGGGGGGGGCGCCCUGCCUGCUGCCGCGGACCCUUUCGGCGUCGGCGGCGCCGCCGCGGCCCCCGCCGCCCCGGGCGCCGCGGGACCUGAUCCCCGCGCGAUGGCCACCGUGCUCGACGCUCGUGGGCUGCGGGACAUGCCCUUCAGUGACGCCGCGAUGCGCCAGACCGAGACCGCCCGCGCCGACUGGCCCGCGAGGGGCCCAAGGACCACGACGCGGGUGCCCCACUUCAUGCUGCGCAUGGCUGGCGGGGCGAUGGCGCGGCACAACCGCUGGAUGGCCACGACGCAGGCCCUGGAGACGGACGACACCGCCAAGCUCCACGACACGCUGCGCCGCGUCAUCGAGACCUCGCUCUGCCACGACCAGCUGGUCAUCUGCGAGCUGGCCUCCUACGAGUUCCUGUCGCGGCAACUGCAGUUGGUGGAGGAGCGGUUCUUCGAGGAGCGCGCGCGCAGGACUCAGCCUGCGCCCAAGGCCAAGGGCCAGGCCAAGGACGGCGCCACGUCCGCGGCCGCCGACGUCUCCUCGGAGAUUGGCCACUUCCUCGGCGCGGGUGAGACGAUGGGCAACCUGUGCAUUUGCCCAGCCUUGAUGGACUGGAUCGCCGACCAGAUGAAGAGCGAGGAGGGGCCUUACGACGCGCUACCUGCUCGUGAGCCUGGCCAGCUUGGCCCCGAGCCCUUCGAGGCCCCACCUGGCUUGGAGUCGCCCAGACGAGGCGCGAGCUGGAGAGAGUGGUGCAACGAGCGGUUGGCUGAUCUCAGCUGGCUCCACUGCGGCAAGGACGAGCCCUCCGUGCCUGACGACGGGGGGCCACCGCCUGCGGCCCAGGCAGCUUCAGUGGACUACAUCGCGGGCCUGCACCGCGACUUCGAGCUGCCCGCCGCCUACUCGGAGAGAGGCCGCGAUUGCGAAGCAUCCCUCGUAGAGAUGCUCGUGCAGGCACCUGGCUACGCUGGCGACAGCGGUCGCGCGCGCCCCUUCAGCACGCCACUUGUGGCCUGGCCCGAGUCGACGAAGGCAGUCUCCACCUGCGGCGUCGUCUCCGAGGCCGACUCCAUCGUGCUGCAGCCGAAGUCCUACGCUGAGUUUUUGAAGCAGCUGGAGGCCCACGACAUGAUCACCUGGCGGGUCUCCAGCGAGCAGGCACCCUUCUCUACUGGUCUUUUCUUUGUGCUGAAAGCUAACGUCAAGCUGAGGCUGGUGUUCGACACCAGGCUGGCCAACUGCAGCUUCUCGUGCCCACCGGCCACUCGCCUGCCCACGCCCAGCGCGCGGGCCAGCCUUGACUGCGACGACAGUUUUCAGUUCGCGCAGGGCGACAUUCAGUGUGCUUUCUGUCACUUGCGACUGCCAGCUGGCAUGGAGUCUCUGUUCUCUUUGCCACCGAUAAACAACAGAUUCCUCGGCCUCAAGUCGGUCAGCGGGGUUCGUCUCGGCAUCAACGACUAUGUCCAGCCUCUUGUCGCGGUCGUUCCCAUGGGGUGGAGUUGGGCUCUACACCUGUGCCAGAGUGCGCUGACGAGAGCCCUGUCGGAUGUGGGGUUCGGCAGUGACGAUAUGAUUCUGGAUGGGGGCUGUCCUCGCCCCUUGGCGGCUGAGAAGGACGCGGUGUGUGCUGGUUAUGUUGACAACUUCUGCGUCGUAUCCAAGUGCGCGGAGACAGCCACGUCCCUUGCUCGUGCCGUUGCUGACCUUCUCACUGCCCGCGGGUUGCCUGUCUUGGAGUUCCCCCCUGCGGUCAGUAAGGGGGUCUUCACGGGCUUGGAGAUCGACGGAACCUCUGGGAUCAUUCGCGUUCGUCCUGACCGCCUCGCUCGCACUCGUCAAGCCGUUCUCGGACUGUUGAAGCGUGGGCGGGCCUCUGCUGGGGCCCUCAGCGUGCUCGUAGGCCACUGUGCCUGGGGGAUGAUCCUGAGGCGCGACGUUCUGAGCAUCUUUAACGCGGUCUAUCGCUUCAUGGGGGCUGUGGGACCCCAUCCUGGACCCUUGUGGCCCUGGGUCGCCAGGGAGUUGUCGGCUGCCGUGGCCCUCAUCCCGCUCUGGAGUGCCUCUACAAG